AUGGGAGAAGUGGAGCAACGAGUGCAGUUGCAGGAGGUAGAAACGAAGUUGCAGCAGCAUAUUGCGUUGGCGGAAGAGGCGUUGAAUAAAAGGAAGCGUUGUUUGUCGAAGCAGCUAUCGAUGUGUGUGGCACCGAGAGACAUUGCGUGGGAGAGAAAGAAGAAGCAAGAGGGGAGGACGAGGACGAGGACAAGGAGAAACAGUUUUCACGUCUGCGAUGACGUCACCGACGAUGACCUUCACGAGCUUAAAGGCUGCAUAGAAUUAGGGUUUGGUUUUAACGAGGAAGACGGCCAGACGCUCUGUGACACCUUGCCCGCUCUCGACCUCUACUUCGCCGUCAACCGCCAGCUCUCACCGGUCUCCACCCCUCAUAGCCGCCCCUCCUCUUCCUUUGGCAGCCCCACCAAUGCUCCUUCACAACCACCACCCGACUCUGAUUCUUGGAAGAUUUGUAGCCCAGGGGACGACCCUGAACAUGUAAAGACCAAGUUGAGGCAUUGGGCUCAGGCUGUAGCUUGUUCUGUAAUGCAGUCUCAUUGA